AUGGAUGCCCAAAACAGGGAGGUCAUUCUGGCCUCCGAGGACUCUUCACCUAGCACCUCUCCGGACAUCGAGAAACAAGAUGGCCAACAACUCGACAUCGUUCACUCCUCUGCCUUCAAGAGCCUCGGAAUUCUCGACCGGUUCCUUGCCCUUUGGAUCUUUCUUGCUAUGCUUAUUGGCAUUUUGCUGGGAAACUUCGUCCCCAGUACUGGUCCGGCGUUGCAGAGAGGCCAAUUUGUAGGAGUAUCCAUUCCCAUCGCAAUCGGUCUCCUUGUCAUGAUGUAUCCGAUCCUCUGCAAGAUCAAAUUCGAGACCUUGCACCAUUCCUUUCGACAGAAGAGCCUGUGGGUGCAGGUAGCGUUUAGUAUUCUUGUCAACUGGAUAAUUGCUCCUCUUUUCAUGUUAGGGUUAGCCUGGGCCUUCUUGCCAGAUGAGCCAGGCCUGCGUGAAGGUCUCAUCCUGGUCGGCAUAGCAAGAUGCAUUGCUAUGGUUCUGAUCUGGACCGGAUUAGCCGGAGGGGACAAUGAGUACUGCGCCAUUCUCGUCGCCAUCAAUUCUCUAUUGCAGAUGAUUUUCUUCGCUCCACUGGCCAUUCUUUUCAUCAAAGUCAUCAGUCAAGCUUCCGAGGCUAUCGAUGUCGACUACGCCCCUGUUGCCAAGAGUGUGGGAGUGUUUUUGGGUAUCCCUCUGGGCGCUGCUAUUAUCACUCGAUUCACCCUUCGAAAGUUGGUCGGCGGGGAAUGGUACGACACCCAAUUUCUCAAAUGGAUAGGCCCGCUAUCGUUGAUUGGCCUGCUGUUCACCAUUAUUGUCUUGUUUGCAUCCCAAGGCCGGCAUGUCGUCCAUCAGAUCGUCUCGGUUGUGAGAGUCGCUGCACCGCUUGUGCUAUAUUUUGCGGUGAUCUUCCUGUCUACAUUGUUGGCGACUAGAAGGCUUGGUUUUGGAUACAGACUGGCUUGCACUCAAAGUUUUACUGCCGCCAGCAAUAACUUCGAAUUGGCCAUUGCGGUUGCCAUUGCGACGUACGGUGUGGAUAGUGACCAGGCCCUGGCAGCGACGGUUGGCCCCUUAAUAGAGGUCCCUGUCUUGCUGGGCUUGGUUUAUGCAGUCAAAUGGUAUGGGAAGCGAAAGAGUUGGGCAGCAUAA